AUGAUAACCCCAGCAGAUAAGGCUAGCUCCUCCAAAAUGCAACCAACUUUACUUCCCUCUACACCUAUAGAACCUCAACCAACUGCCCACACUCUUGCUAUACAAGGAGAAAAAAUGUCAGUGGUGGAAAGCCUUCACCCAAUUGAAUUACAGCCUAUAGCAGUAGACCUUUGUAUGGAGGAUGUGGAAGGGCACGCUCAAGCUCAAGAUAACACACAGACUUUAAUCAUCAACAGAAGAGGCUGGAAAAGGAAAUCUCCAAAAACCGAAGGGGAAACCUCACAAUGUCAACCACUUGCUGCUGGAGAUGGAAAAUCAGUCAAAAUCUGGGAACAUCCAUGGAUUCCCAGCCUCAGAAAAUUCAAACCUAUUUCUCUAAAGCCAGGAAACUCAUAA